GAAGCCUCCUCUGACAGUACAAGUAGCCGUCUUGCUAUUUCAGAAGUGCAAUUUACUAAUACAGCUACACUUCUCCUUAGUGUCUCUGACAGUUGCUCCCAUGUUUGUACGAGUGCACUGCGGCCGUCACCGGUUGUCGCCAAAGAAGCAGUGUGCGCUGUGCAUGAUCUGUAAUGCACGGCAAAAGCCGAGUUCGUUCUAAUGGUUCUAUACUGCUAUAAAUUUAUCACGCCAGAGGCGUGGCUGGCCAAGAGCGAACAACAACGCACUCGUCGAUAUCAGUUUACCGGGGCGAAAGCUCACGACGGCAGAUGCCAGAAGCUGUCUGCGAAGGAAUGUCUGGUGCGGCUUGGGACAGGACAUACUUCUCUCGGGCUGCAGGCUCCGGCGCCUGGCCGCCUUCCUAGAGAGCGGCAGUCGCGUCGGUAUGGCCAUGAGCAGCGUGUGCCUCCAGACGGCCGCCAUCUUGGCUCGCACUGUCUUCCCGUUCGUGGCAGCCGGGUCCUGCGUCAGCGUGCUUCCUUCGCUGCCUGUCUUACUCGCUUUCAGGCUGGUUCUCGAGCAGAAGGCAAGGGAGCAGGCCGUGCGCUGGUCCACGACCGCGGACCGCCGGAGUUUGUGCCUGCUGGGCAGCUACGUCUUGGUGGUGGUCCUGGUGUUGGUGACGCCUUUCUACCGCCACUAUCGGUGCGCCCAGCAUCUGUUGCUCGGCUAUGCGCUGGCGCUCGCGUGCGGGGCAGGCGCUGUCAGACCAGCCUGGGAAGAGAACGUCGCCGCCCUUCUGUCGGCGGCUGCACUCGCGUGGCCUGCUGGUACGCUCGAUCACUUCGACGUGGCCUUCUCUCGAGCAUCCGUACUCGUGAUGCUGGGAGCUUCAGCGGCAACUGUUGCCAUCGCAUCCUGUGUAUUUACUGACAGCAGUACGACCGCGGUUACGCGUGCAGAGACCUGGCGAUGGCACCAGCGAUUUUUCCGAUAUGCCGUGCACGGAAAGGGCGCACCGUGGGAGAGCAGCGUCGUUUGCGAGCGCUCAUAUCAAGCACACUUCCGCUGAGGAACCAAAGCAUAUCCGCACGAUUCAUACGACGAAGUCGACGACCAACGUGUACUCCCAAACCAACGGCGUCAGCAGCAUGAUCGCCAUUCUGUGUGCUGUUAUCAAUUGACCCUGUGCAAAAUAACGCUGUGAACAGAACGUCCCCAUGUAUUAAAGUUUGAUUUCUUGGCGUGAAUUGUUUCUUAUUGUAAACGCUAGCCGGUCAUCAAAUAGCUGUAAAAAAUGGGCUUCAUUUUGUGCGCAGAGAAAUAAACUGUCAUUUUACACUGUA